AUGGCUCAAUUGUCUGUGAGCUUCCUUUUAGUUCUGCCUCUCUUUGCCUUUGUCCCACUUUGCUUGUGUGGUAGAUACCAAGGUGGUUAUUUGUACCCUCAGUUUUAUGACCACUCUUGCCCACAAGCUCAGGAGAUUGUCAAGUCCAUUGUAGCCAAGCAUGUUGCAAAGGAAACCCGCAUGGCGGCUUCUUUACUUAGGCUACAUUUUCAUGACUGUUUUGUCAAGGGCUGUGAUGCAUCAUUAUUGUUGGACAGCAAUGGGAAUCUAGUAAGCGAGAAGAGGUCCAACCCCAAUCGGAAUUCAGCUCGAGGAUUCGAAAUAAUCGACGAGAUUAAAUAUUCACUCGAGAAGGAGUGCCCCCAUACUGUUUCUUGUGCUGAUAUACUGGCUCUGGUUGCUAGAGACUCUACUGCUCUUACCGGUGGGCCCUACUACGAAGUCCCGCUAGGAAGAAGGGAUUCCAGAGGAUCAAGCUUAAGUGGCUCCAACAAUAAUAUCCCAGCCCCAAACAACACCUUCCAAACCAUUCUCACCAAGUUUAAGCUACAAGGUCUAGACAUAGUUGAUCUUGUUGCACUUUCAGGAAGCCACACAAUUGGAAACUCCCGUUGUACAAGUUUCAGGCAGAGGCUCUACAACCAGACAGGCAAUGGACAACCCGACUUCACCCUUGAGCAAUCAUACGCUGCGCAGUUGCGAAGCCAGUGCCCCAGAUCGGGCGGAGACCAGAACCUUUUCUUCUUGGACUUUGUCAGCCCGGCAAAGUUUGACAACAGCUACUUCAAGCUCUUGUUGGCCUCAAAGGGCUUGUUGAGCUCUGAUGAGGUUCUUGUGACCGGUAGUCAAGUGUCAAAACAAUUGGUUCAAAAAUACGCAGAGAACAAUGAGCUCUUCUUUGAGCAAUUCGCCAAGUCAAUGAUUAAGAUGGGAAACAUUUCUCCUUUGACUGGUUCAAGGGGAGAGAUCAGAAAGCAUUGCAGAAAGAUUAACAACUACUAG